GGAAAUGGAGGGCAGGGCACUGUGCGCAUGCUCAAGUGCGGCGCUGCCGAAAGACGCAUCGCGCAAGCGCACAUUUGCGGACGCCGCACAGCACAGGGCGGUUGGUGACAUGAAGGAGACUGACCUAUUUCUUCAAAAGGUGUCGGCAUUGCAGGCUGGUAUCCGGGGCUAUUUGGUCCGACGUCAAUUCCAGAGCCUUCGAGCUGAGUAUGAAGCAAUUGUACAAGAGAUCGAGGGUGACCUCAGCACACUUCAGUGGACCGGGGGCUGGAUUCCCAAGCCCAUAUUUCUCCCAGAGGCAAAAUCUCAUCACUCCCGAAAAGCAGAGAAAGUACCAAACCCAGAGCAAAAACUGUGCAGCCAUUUCCCAUGUAAAGACUCGGAAAAAGAUGGCAUCUUGGAGGAGAUGGUGCUGAAGAAAACAGGAGGGAGCCCAGCAAAAGCAGAAAGUCUUUGCCAAGAUGACAGCCCCUGGCUUCAGACUGAGCAGGGCAGGAAAGCCAGCCGGGGGAAAACCAGAGAGAUCUCCCUGUCUGCAGAGGACAAUGCAGUCACAGAUCUAGGACUGUCCCAGAACCAACAUGAGCUCCAGGACCAGCGUAACCAUUUGGCCAUGGAACUGCUAUGGCUACAACAGGCCAUCAACAGUCGGAAGGAGUAUCUGAUUCUCAAGCAAACCCUGAGAUCCCCAGAAGCAAGCCAGACCAGAGACAAGCCUAACAUGUGCCUGGACCACAGGGGACAGGCCUGUGAGAAUAGCUGGUUGCAGUCAAGCUGCCUCCCUAAGGACCAGCUCUGCAGAGACAGGACCAUAGGAGAGCCACACCAUGCAGAGGAUUCCUGCCGCAAGGGCAAAUUGCAACUCCAAAAAUCCCCAGAAAGUCUAUGCAGUACAGGCAAAGACACGGAUGGGGCUAAGGACUGGGAACUAUGCUAUAGGAAGGCUGCACCGCAUCUGGCUACAGCAUUAGAGAGCCAGGCUGGAGGGGACAGGGUCACCAAAGGGCCAGACCACAGAGGACAGGCCUUUAAUGAAACCUGUCUACAGCAGAUGAAACUCCUAGAGGGUCAGACUCCCAAGGACCCCAAGUCUAGGAGUCCUUGUUCUGGAAAGGCCAUGACACAGCUGCCCACACUCUGUGAGAAUCCAAAUACUGAGGACAAGUACUCCAGAAAGCCAAGCUAUAAAGAGGCUGACUGCCACAGAGCCAGGCCAUACGAUUUGAGAAUCUCAGAAGGCCACAGGAUGUCAUCAGGACUGGAACAAGGUAGCCUGGAUUUCAGAAGGACUAAACCACCCAAGAGCCAGCACCCCAGGCAUGGAAUUACCAAUGAGCUCAGUCAGGAAGGAUGGGAAAACCAGAGGACUCUGCUGUGGAGAUGAAGAUCUCUGAAGAACUCAUCCUCUACAAGAGAGGACUGGUGGCCGGGUGUUGGUGGCGCACGCCUUUAAUCCCAGCACUCGGGAGGCAGAGGCAGGCGGAUCUCUGUGAGUUUGAGGCCAGCCUGGUCUACAGAGGGAGUUCCAGGACAGCCUCCAAAGCCACAGA